UGCCAUAUGUACACCGCUGCCGCCACAGGGACCUACAGUAGCUCAAUAUCCCAUAUCGCAUCGUGCCGGCGUUGCUGUCCAGCUCCGGGCUUCACCACCUUCGCUACCACUUCAGCCAUGACCUUUGCCAACGGCGAGGAGAGCGGCCGCGCAAGGGCGCACUUUGUGCUUGUCCCGAUGAUGGCGCAGGGCCACACCAUUCCCAUGACCGACAUGGCCCGCCUGCUGGCUCAGCACGGUGCGCAGGUCAGCAUCAUCACCACGCCUGUGAACGCCUCCAGGUUAGCGGGCUUCAUUGCUGACGUGGAUGCGGCGGGCCUGGCGGUCCAGCUCGUGCAGCUCCGCUUCCCGGCCGUGGAGUUCGGCCUACCGGACGGGUGCGAGAACCUAGACUUGGUUCAGUCCAGUGAUCUGCUCGUGAACUUCUUGGAUGCCUGCGGCGCGCUCCGGGAACCGCUUGCAGCGCUCCUCCGUGAACAGCAGCACCCGCCUCCGAGCUGCAUAAUAUCCGACGUGAUGCACUGGUGGACUGGUGACAUUGCAAGGGAGCUCGGUAUCCCCAGGCUCGCCUUUAUUGGAUUCUGUGGCUUCUCGUCUCUUGCCAGGUACAUCAUUUUUCACCACAAAGUAUUCGAAGACGUCACAGACGAGAACGAGCUCAUCACCAUCCCGGGAUUCCCUACGCCACUGGAGUUGACAAAGGCUAAAUCCCCUGGAGGCAUUGUCAUUCCCGGUAUUGAGAGUAUCCGUGAUAAGAUCUUAGAGGAGGAGCUGAGAUGUGAUGGUGAGGUCAUGAACAGCUUCCAAGAGCUGGAGACUUUGUACAUUGAAUCCUUUGAGCAGAUGACAGGGAAGAAGGUCUGGACGGUCGGGCCAAUGUGCCUCUGCAACCAAGACAGCAACACAAUGGCUGCAAGAGGAAACACGGCAUCAAUGGAUGAGGCACAGUGCUUGCAAUGGCUUGAUUCAAUGAAGCCAGGCUCAGUGAUCUUUGUCAGCUUUGGCAGCCUUGCCUGUACUGCACCUCAGCAACUUAUUGAGCUGGGACUGGGACUUGAAGCCUCCAAGAAACCAUUUAUUUGGGUAAUCAAAGCAGGGGAUAAGUUUCCAGAAGUCGAGGAAUGGCUUGCAGAUGGGUUUGAGAAGCGUGUCAAAGACAGAGGCAUGAUCAUAAGGGGCUGGGCACCACAGGUGAUGAUCCUGUGGCACCAAGCAAUUGGAGGAUUCAUGACACACUGCGGAUGGAACUCAACAAUAGAGGGCAUCUGUGCGGGUGUUCCCAUGAUCACGUGGCCACACUUUGCAGAGCAGUUUUUGAAUGAGAAGCUACUGGUGGAUGUGUUGAAAACUGGGGUCGAGGUUGGAGUGAAAGAAGUUACACAGUGGGGACAAGAACACAAAGAGGUUAUGGUUACAAGAAAUGCUGUGGAAAAAGCAGUAUGCACCGUGAUGGAUGAGGGGGAGGCUGCAGAGGAAUUGAGGAUGAGAGCAAAGGACUAUGCCAUCAAGGCGAAGAGGGCUUUCAGUGAGGAAGGCUCUUCAUAUAACAAUGUAAGGCUGUUGAUUCAAGAAAUGGGAAACAGGACAAAUGCUUGGGGUGUAAACAUAAAGUGAAAGACCCCACAAAUACUUGUAGUAGCAUUUCUUUUACAAAUAACCAGAAUCUUGUAUCUGGCUCAUUGGGGGGUUAGGUUGAGAUUAGACGUGGUCCGAAUGGCAGAAAUAUCGGCUGUCAGCACUGCUUUGCAGGUUUCAUGGAAUCAUGGCAGUCGACCAAAUGUUUACAUGACCUGCUUUUCAAGAUGUUAUGCUCUCCUUUGCAUUGUGCUGCCACAUGCUCAUCAGUGUUCAUAAGAAUUGGAAAAGGAGAAAAUACGGAAUAAAAUGUUUGCGUACUAUGGAAACCGUCACAAAAAGCAAUGAUUCGAGGUGAAUAGUCCAAAGGAAGAGAAAGAUUUGGAACCAGCAUAAAGCGCAUUUGAAAUUAGAAGCUUCUGUUUAACCUAAUAGUGCGGCAAACAUGAAACUAUAAGGAUCUCCCCCAUCCUAAAAAAGAGGGUCAAGGUCACCUUGUCCUGUUAAUAUGAAAACAAAUAGUUGAAGGAUCAGUCUCAAGGCUAAUGAAGAAAUCAUUUGUGUUCAA